AGCGCGGAUCCCCGUGAGCUCGUAGAAGGCCCCCGGCGACAUGAGCUCUGUACCAGCGUUCCUGAGCGCGGCAGAUGUGCAGGACCACCUCCGCAGCUCCAGCCUACUCAUCCCGCCGCUGGAGGCGGCUCUGGCCAACUUCUCCAGCGGCCCCGACGGAGGGGUCAUGCAGCCGGUGCGCACCGUGGUGCCCGUGGCCAAGCACAGGGGUUUCCUGGGGGUCAUGCCCGCCUACAGUGCAGCAGAGGACGCCCUGACCACCAAGUUGGUCACCUUCUAUGAGGGCCACAGGACCACCUCCACUGUCCCCUCCCAUCAGGCCACUGUGCUACUCUUCCAGCCGAGCGAUGGCUCCCUUCUGGCGGUCAUGGAUGGAAAUGUCAUAACUGCAAAGAGAACAGCUGCAGUGUCUGCCAUCGCCACCAAGUUUUUGAAACCCCCCAGCAGUGAAGUGCUGUGUAUCCUUGGAGCUGGCGUCCAGGCUUAUAGCCAUUAUGAGGUCUUCACAGAGCAGUUCUCCUUUAAGGAGGUGAGGAUAUGGAACCGCACCAAAGAAAAUGCAGAGAAGUUUGCGAACACAGUGCAAGGAGAGGUACGGGUCUGUUCAUCGGUUCAGGAGGCUGUGACAGGGGCAGAUGUGAUCAUCACAGUCACCAUGGCAACAGAGCCCAUUUUGUUUGGUGAAUGGGUGAAGCCCGGGGCUCACAUCAAUGGAAGGCCAAGGCCCAGCCCGAGUCAAGCCCCUCCCUUUGCUGCCCGGACCAUCUCCAUCAGCCUCAGUGGCCUUAUGCAGCCCUUCGAGAAUUCACCCUGCUCCAGAUUGGGGGGAACAAGAGCAAUCAGAAGAGGUGGCUUGAGAAGCUAGGGUUUUUCCCACCAGCUUAUGAUUUAUUUAUGAGCUUCAUUAGUUGGUGCUUCUGUUCUAUAGCACUUCUCACACAAACAGCCUUCAAGAUGGACAUUUUUACAUCACUCUCUUUGAAAAUUAGAGUGAGGGAGAACAGCAGGAGAGGGAACAAGUAGAGAAAACUGGAUGGCAGUGAGAGAAGGCUUGUAAAUGCUGCCUUAUAUUUGUAUAAAGCUUUAUAGCAGUUUCCAAAGACUGGCUGGCAUGGGCCGGAUCCAGCCAGCAGAUGUUUUUUUCAGACCAUAGAGUGUUCUGAAAAUCAAGAACUAACACAUGCAAAUAGAUUUCCUGCUUCUCUUUUAAAAAAGGAGCAGGGGUAGGGGGGGAUUUCUAACAGUGGCCCUGCAUUCUCACAUGGCAACAAUUAGCUUGAGCUGAACAAUAGCUGUCCCCUUUAGAAGGGUCUGCUUUCUUCUCUGUACCUCAGUCUCCACCAUUUCCAAUCCACUUCCUCUGACCAGUUCUGCUCAUUUUCAUUACCUUCCUGGCCCUGCAGGCAUUUGGUUGCAGCCUCUGCGUAUCCCUGUGUUCCAGUGCCAGGAGUCAUGAUUCCUUGGAUUCAUCAUUAUGGUUCUGGGCUCUGCAGAGGAUGUGAAACCUUGGUGCCAGGGUGCAGCAAGUUUCCUCUUUAUUGGGGCUUCUCUCUGACCCUAACACUGGGCUCUUUUCUUGUGAAUUAAGAGAGAAGUGGUUGGGGCUUCCCUGGUGGCGCAGUGGUUGAGAAUCCGCCUGCCAAUGCAGGGGACACGGGUUUGAGCCCUGGCCUGGGAGGAUCCCACAUGCCACGGAGCAACUAGGCCCGUGAGCCACAACU